AUGACAAGCAUACAUGGACCAAGCAUACAUGAGUUUACAAUAAAUAAUAUUUUAAAUGUCUCGACAGAAUUAUAUUGUCCACCAUUUGCCACUUCUUCAGAGAUGUUUUGGCAAUUAAGAUUUGUUUCGGAAUCAACAAAGCAUCCACAAUAUUGUGAAUUAUUUUUAUUUGCGAUACCGAAUGAACAUGAAAGGAAAGGACAAGUUGUUUGGGAAAGACGUAAUUCUUGUGCAGCGUAUAUUUACAUAAAACAUCCUACUCAGGGUUAUAUUGCCAAGAAGGCUAUCGAGAAAUCAUUUUCGUGUGCAGAGCAAAGUUGGGGAUCACGGAAAUUUUGUAAGAGAUCAUUACUCUCAUCAAAUAUUAUCAUUGGCGUGGAAUUCGAUAAAUGUCAAACAUCAGCACACAAACAAAAAUCACCGUUUCCGCCGGAGCCAACAUCAAAAGACUUGGUGAAAGCUUGGCAUCGACAACUGAACAAUCCGCAGAUGGCCGAUUUAAAGUUGGUCGUUCAGGGACAGGCGAUUUACGCAAGUAGUUGUAUAUUAUCCGCUCGUUCUGAAUAUUUUUGUCAAAUGUUAAAAGGAAGUUGGAUGGAAGCUGUCCAAUCGGAGGAAUUACGUUCAAUCUGUUAUCUAAAAAUCAUGGACGAACUAACGGUAGAUGAUGCUGCGGAAAUAUUAUUCUCUUCCGGCUGGAAAUGGGACGAUCUAAAAGCAGACUUAAUGAAAUUCGUCGUAAAAAAUUUUACAAAAGUACGGGAAACACCCGGAUUCUAUCAAAUAAUGCAAAAUUCAACUCUCUAUCCAAAUUUCGCAGAAAUACUGGGGGAGAUUCAUAGUUCACUUAUACCUUCAAGUCAAUAA